CUUCAGGCCGAAUUUUUGAAGAAAUUUUUCCCCACCCAUAGGACCAAUGGGUUGAAGAGACAAAUCUCAAACUUUUCUGCAAAAGAAAAUGAGAAGUUCCAUGAAUGUUGGGAAAGGUAUAUGGAGGCCAUCAAUGCUUGUCCUCAUCAUGGCUUUGAUACAUGGCUCUUGGUGAGCUAUUUCUAUGAUGGGAUGUCUUCCUCCAUGAAGCAAAUUCUUGAAACCAUGUGUGGAGGAGAUUUUAUGAGUAAGAAUCCGGAAGAAGCCAUGGACUUUUUAAGUUAUGUGUCUGAGGUGUCAAGAGGAUGGGAUGAGCCCAACUCAAGAGAGAAAGGGAAGUUUCCCUCUCAACCAACCCAAAAUCCAAAAGGUGGAAUGUAUGUAUUAAGUGAAGACAUGGACAUGAAAGCUAAAGUGGCAACAAUAGCAAGGAGAUUGGAAGAACUUGAGUUGAAAAAGAUGCAUGAAAUCCAAGCCAUUUCCGAGACCCAAGCCCAUGUCAUGCCAUGCACCAUUUGCCAAUCAUGUGAUCAUGUGGUAGAUGAGUGCCCAACCAUGCCAGCUGUGAGGGAGAUGUUAGGUGAUCAAGCCAAUGUUGUGGGGCAAUUUAGGCCUAACAACAAUGCACCUUAUGGAAACACCUAUAAUUCAAGCUGGAGAAACCAUCCAAAUUUUUUAUGGAAACCAAGACCACCUCCAUACCAACCACAAGCCCAAACCCAAGCACCUCAACAAACCUCUUCAGUGGAGCAAGCCAUUAGUUCUCAAAUUAAGAGAAUGGAGGGGAUGCAAAAUGAUCUAUCUCAGAAGAUAGAUAAUAUUCAAUACUCCAUCUCUAGGCUUACCAACCUCAACACUGUGAAUGAAAAGGGAAAGUUUCCCUCUCAACCAAGCCAAAAUCCCAAGGGUGUUCAUGAAGUUGAAACCCAAGAGGGGGAGUCUUCAAAGUUGAGGGAGGUUAAAGCUGUGAUCACUUUAAGGAGUGGAAAAGAGGUUGAUCAACCCCUGCCUAAGGUGAAGCAAGAUGAAGAACUCAUGUCAAAUGAUAUGAUCAAGCAAGUCCUCACAUAUGCAAAGUUUCUAAAGGACUUGUGCACGGUCAAGAGAGGGUUACAUGUGACAAAGAAUGCAUUCCUCACUGAGCAAGAUGAUGCAAAACCAGUGAGGCAGCCCCAGAGGAGGUUGAAUCCUCACAUGCAAGAGGUGGUGAGCGGUGAAGUUCUGAAGCUACUCCAAGCUGGGAUCAUAUAUCCCAUUUCAGACAGUUUGUGGGUGAGCCCCACCCAAGUAGUCCCAAAGAAAUCUGGAAUCACUGUGGUCCAGAAUGAGAAAGGGGAGGAAGUCUCUACACGUCCUACCUCAGGAUGGAGGGUGUGUAUAGACUAUAGGAGGUUGAAUUCAGUGACUAGGAAGGACCAUUUCCCUUUGCCUUUCAUGGACCAAGUCCUUGAGAGAGUCUCAGGACAUCCUUUCUACUGUUUUCUGGAUGGGUACUCGGGGUACUUCCAAAUAGAGAUUGAUUUGGAAGAUCAAGAAAAGACAACCUUUACUUGCCCCUUUGGUACUUUUGCGUAUAGGAGAAUGCCCUUUGGGUUAUGUAAUGCUCCUGCAACUUUCCAAAGAUGUAUGCUAAGCAUCUUCAGUGAUAUGGUGGAACGCAUCAUGGAAGUCUUCAUGGAUGACAUCACUGUUUAUGGAAGUUCUUAUGAGGAGUGUUUGUUGCAUUUAGAAGCUGUUCUCCAAAGAUGUAUUGAGAAAGACCUAGUGCUAAAUUGGGAGAAGUGCCAUUUUAUGGUACAACAAGGAAUUGUCUUAGGACAUAUCAUCUCCAAGAAGGGCAUUGAGGUAGAUAAGGCAAAGGUGGAGCUAAUUGUUAAGUUGCCACCUCCCACAAAUGUUAAAGGAAUUAGGCAAUUCUUAGGACAUGCCGGGUUCUAUAGGAGGUUCAUUAAGGAUUUCUCAAAAAUCUCAAAGCCUCUUUGUGAACUCUUGGUAAAAGAUGCCAAGUUUGUGUGGGAUGAGAAGUGUCAGAAGAGUUUUGAGGAACUGAAGCAAUUCCUCACAACAGCACCAAUAGUGAGAGCCCCAAAUUGGAAAUUACCUUUUGAGGUAAUGUGUGAUGCAAGUGACCUUGCUAUGGGGGCUGUCUUAGGGCAAACAGAAGAUGGAAAGCCCUAUGUGAUUUAUUAUGCGAGCAAAACUUUGAACGAGGCUCAAAGGAACUACACAACUACUGAGAAGGAGUUGUUGGCAGUAGUUUUUGCCUUGGAUAAGUUUCGUGCUUAUUUGGUAGGGUCCUCUAUAGUGGUGUUCACUGACCAUUCUGCCUUGAAGUACUUGCUAACCAAGCAAGAUGUCAAGGCAAGAUUGAUAAGAUGGAUCCUUUUGCUCCAAGAAUUUAAUCUCCAAAUCAGGGAUAAAAAGGGAGUAGAAAAUGUGGUAGCUGACCACUUGUCAAGACUUGUGAUAUCACAUGACUCACAUGGUCUGCCUAUCAAUGAUGACUUCCCUGAGGAGUCUCUCAUGUCAAUAGAGGUAGCUCCAUGGUAUUCUCACAUUGCAAAUUUCUUGGUUACUGGAGAAGUACCAAGUGAGUGGAGUGCCCAAGACAAGAGGCAUUUCUUUGCUAAGAUCCAUGCCUAUUAUUGGGAGGAGCCCUUUCUCUUCAAAUAUUGUGCGGAUCAAAUCAUAAGGAAAUGUGUUCCUGAACAAGAGCAAAGUGGCCAAGUUGAGUUAGCCAACCGGGAGAUCAAGAAUAUAUUAAUGAAGGUGGUGAAUGUGAAUAGGAAGGAUUGGUCUAUUAAGCUCCUAGAUUCCUUAUGGGCGUAUAGGACCGCUUACAAGACCAUUCUUGGAAUGUCCCCUUAUCGCCUUGUUUAUGGCAAAGCGUGCCAUCUUCCAGUGGAGAUUGAAUACAAAGCAUGGUGGGUAAUCAAAAAACUCAACAUGGAUUUGACAAGAGCCGGGUUGAAAAGAUGUUUGGAUUUGAAUGAAUUGGAGGAAAUGAGGAAUGAUGCUUACCUCAAUUCAAAAAUUGCAAAGGAGAGGUUGAAGAAAUGGCAUGAUCAAUUGGUAAAUCAAAAGAAUUUUGCCAAGGGACAAAGAGUCUUGCUUUAUGACUCUAAGCUUCAUCUUUUUCCGGGAAAAUUGAAAUCAAGAUGGACGGGUCCUUUC